AUGCUUCUGUUUCGUCAACCGAUAGCAUCAAGACUGAUAUUGUCAUGUUCCAAACAAACAUGGAAAAGCUCAUCCUUGCCCAUAAUAAAACUGUCAAUGGCUACUUAUAGAACAAGUCGCCCAACCCUGUUUAAACAAUCAGCGUUAACAGUUUGGCAAAAGGCAAUUCCACCUACCAUCACACCAAAAAACCCUCCCAAUGUCAUCACCACGCCGAAGAAUACCGCAGCAUCUUCACCAAAGAUUCCAACAAUUUCAGAGAUGAAAAUCUUGAAGGAUCUAUUCAAAUAUAUAUGGCCUAGAGGUGACAAUAAAGUCAGGAUAAGGGUCGUCAUCGCCAUAUCUCUCUUAAUUGGUGCUAAAUUAUUAAAUGUACAAGUGCCCUUCUUCUUCAAACAGACAGUGGAUGCCAUGAAUAUAACAUGGGAUGAUCCAACGGUAGCACUCCCCGCGGCAAUAGGGUUAACUAUCUUAUGUUAUGGAUUUGCCAGGUUUGGUGCUGUUCUAUUUGGUGAAGUGAGAAAUGCUGUUUUUGCUAAAGUGGCUCAAAAUGCUAUCAGAACGGUUUCGUUACAAACAUUUCAACAUUUAAUGAAAUUGGAUCUGGGAUGGCAUUUAAGUAGACAAACAGGUGGAUUGACUAGGGCAAUGGAUAGAGGUACUAAAGGUAUCUCAUAUGUUCUCAGUGCAAUGGUUUUCCACAUCUUACCCAUCACAUUUGAAAUUUCUGUGGUGUGUGGGAUUCUGACCUAUCAAUUCGGUGCAUCUUUCGCUGCCAUUACUUUCACAACCAUGAUUCUUUACUCUAUCUUCACCAUUAGAACCACAGCAUGGAGAACUCAAUUCAGAAGAGAUGCUAACAAGGCCGAUAAUAAAGGUGCUAGUGUCGCAUUGGAUUCGUUGAUUAAUUUUGAAGCCGUUAAAUAUUUCAAUAACGAGAAAUAUCUGGCAGAUAAAUACCACACAUCAUUGAUCAAAUAUAGAGAUUCACAAAUUAAAGUAUCACAAUCAUUAGCAUAUUUGAAUUCAGGUCAAAACUUAAUAUUCACCUCCGCAUUGACCGCUAUGAUGUAUAUGGGUUGUACAGGUGUCAUUGGUGGCGAUUUAACCGUGGGUGAUUUAGUAUUAAUCAAUCAAUUGGUUUUCCAAUUAUCUGUGCCAUUGAAUUUCCUUGGUAGUGUAUAUCGUGAAUUGAAACAAUCGUUAAUUGAUAUGGAAUCUUUGUUCCAAUUGAGGAAGAAUGAAAUCAAGAUUGAAAAUGGUACCAAUCCAAUAGUCUUGAAAGCUUCUGAUGGUCCAUUUGAGAUUACCUUUGAAAAUGUUACAUUUGGAUAUGACUCCAAGAGAAAAAUCUUAAAUAACGCUUCAUUCACCAUUCCAGGUGGGUUAAAGACCGCUGUGGUGGGCCCAAGUGGAAGUGGUAAAUCCACAAUCUUGAAGCUUGUGUUUAGAUUUUAUGAUCCAGAACAAGGACGAAUCUUAAUCAACGGGGUUGAUGUUAAGGAAUACGAUGUAGAUUCAUUGAGAAGAGUCAUGGGUGUGGUACCUCAGGAUACACCAUUGUUUAAUGAUACCAUUUGGGAAAAUGUUAAAUUUGGCCGCAUUGAUGCCACAGAUGAAGAGGUUCAUACUGUCAUUGAAAAGGCACAGUUAGCACCAUUAAUUAAAAAAUUACCACAGGGCUAUGAAACAAUUGUUGGUGAAAGAGGUAUGAUGAUCAGUGGUGGUGAGAAGCAGAGGCUGGCCAUUGCUCGUGUUCUCUUAAAGAAUGCCAAGAUCAUGUUCUUUGAUGAAGCUACGAGUGCGUUAGAUACACAUACAGAACAAGCGUUAUUAACUACUAUUAGGGCCAAUUUCGAGAGCGGGUCAAGAACUAGUGUAUACAUUGCCCACAGACUAAGAACAAUUGCGGAUGCUGAUAAGAUUAUUGUCUUGGAAGAUGGUGCCGUUAAGGAAGAAGGUACACAUUCGGGCUUACUUGCAACCCCAGGCUCUUUGUACGCCAAUCUCUGGAACAUCCAAGAAAACCUGGACGUGAUAGAGGAUGAGCUGAAAACGCAGGAGGAGGUUCUACUGCAGAAGAAGAAGGAAGAGGAGGAGAAGCUGUAG